UUCCUUGUUUCUUUUACAUGUAAUCAGAUUCUAAUCGCAAUCAAAUCCUCAUCGCCUCACUCUCGACUCUCGAGGUCCAUCUCAGAUCUGAAUUCCCAGCGCAGAGCUUCUCUAUCGACCAGGAUCGAGAUGUGCUUCUUCGCGAUGUGAAGGAUUGCCUUUUUUUUUCUUGCACAAUCAAGUCAGGGUUUCGGUGCACUGUGUUUGGGUAAAUUUAAGGUGAUUGGCGGGGAUUUAUGACGGCACUUGAAGUGUUAGAUCUGGAUUUUUUUGAUGUUCUCCCGUGGUGAAGAUAACAGAAGUAUGGGCUGGAUCCUCCCACGUUAUGGGUAUUUUUGAUCUGGAAUUUUGUUGGUCGGUUUUAUGAAGGUUAUGAGCAGUAGAGUAGAUAAUUUCGAUCCUUCUUAUAACGCUGCUGUGGUUGGUGCAUAAUUUGUCCUUCUGGUGUUUGUGAUAUGGGUUUUUUUCCAUGUUCUGAGAAGUCUGGGAAAAGAACUACCAGAAAUGCGUUACUUAGAACCCACCACUUCUCUCUCCUUCUUUCUCCUGUUAUCUCCUUUUGGGAUUGCAUCUUUCGCAAAAUCAGAUACUCCUUCAGACCUGAAUGCGUGUAGUACAGUUUCAGUUGAUUGACUAAUUAACUUUGAGUAAAUUUAGCAGUUAUUAGGUUUGUUGUUGGAUUCAGCAAUCCAGCUUUUGUCAUAUUAGUCAUUUUGAAAGGAUAGGUAGAGUUCCAUAUAUCAGUGGGAUAAUAAGAUAUGGAGAAAGUAAGAUGUGGUCAGCCAAGCUCUGUUCCAAAGAAAGGAAAAAAGAAGCAGGCGAAGGGCGAGUUAGAUCGUCUGAAGCAGGCUGAGAAGAAAAAGAGACGUUUGGAGAAAGCACUUGCAGCAUCCGCUGCCAUACGUUCUGAGUUAGAGAAGAAGAAACAGAAGAAACUAGAAGAACAACGAAGACUUGAUGAAGAGGGUGCCUCAAUUGCUGAAGCAGUUGCCCUUCAUGUUCUCUGUGAAGACACGGAUGAACCCUGCCCCUUUGCAGUGGACAAUGCUUGUCAAAACAACAGUUGGAAUUAUUCAGGCAAUAUUGAUCUUCUCAUGGGUUAUCAGACCUCCACAAAACAUUGUUUUGACUAUCUGAAUCAGGUAAGCAUUCCGUGCGAGCCUGUGUGGAAGUGUAACAGGUCGGGGAAUCGAUCUGUAUGGCCACCACAAACUUAUGUGGAAGACCGUCAAUCACUAGCUCACGAAGGAACAAGUCAAGGAGCCGACGUCUCCGUAGGUCUCUUGGCAGCUGAAGCUGUUUCAUCACUGCAAAUUGUAGAAGAUCCAAAUGGUGCUCAAUUUUCUGGGCCGGGCGCAACAACUUUUCUUAUUAAUAAAAUGCUGGCUGGCUGCAACAAUGGUAAAAAGGUUGAAAUUUACAGGAAGAUAUAGCAUUUUACAGUGAUAAGCUUGUAAAUAGCUAUUACAAGUAUCUUUCUUUGUUUAACAUACAUUCACCUUCCACUCGGUGGUAAUGUCUUGCAAACCGUUUGUGCUAUUGUAAACUUGUAACAUGUUUGACUAUGAUUUUUAAGUUUCAUGCAGCUAUAAUUAUCUAAAA